UCGCUUCAUGCACCGCAUACGGGAGCAGUCUCCCAUUGUACGUGUCCGGACCCAGAUGUGUUUCAUCAGAGCCUGCUGACGUCUACACUGGUCGUUGGUUAGAACGCACCAGUUAUGUCUGCCGAACACGGGAAUCAACGAGCCCAAAGCAAGACGAGGAAGCGGCACUCGUCACAACCCGAACACGAACCGGUCGAGAUCCCAUACGAGAACUUCGUCGGUGCUGUGCUAGGCGGCUGCUUCCAGGUCCAGGGACUGAAGCUCCAGGGCGACCAGCUCGACAUCUACUCGGUCACCAACAUCCACGGCGGGGAUGUCACCUUCGAGGCCCAGGCAUUCCCAUUAUCCUACCCCCUAGGAAAACUGCUCAAGUCGAGGAUGAGGAAGGCUAAACGCAUGUACCGGUCGCGAAACUUCCAGUGCGAGUUCAACUGGGACGGGAGGAGAUUCUUCGUUUCUCAUGUUGUGAGGAGCGAGGCGGAGUGGAGGAACCUGGUGGCCGAGAAGGCCGGGCAUGUCGACGAUGGUGAGUCUGAUGAGGAGGACUUCCCUCCCCUGCCAAGUGUAAGGAUGCUUGCCAUUUCCCGAACAAGGGAAAAAAAAGAUGCGCAAAAUCGGUCUCUAAACCGAAUGCAGGAACCAAAUCCCGAGCGCUCCUCACGUCUGCCGAACCGCAUCGGUACCGGAUCACCGGGCCGCCCGAAUUAUGCGGAAGCGGCGACAAGGGGCCAGAUGCUGGAGGCGAACUCCACCACCUCCAAAGGUGUCCGGCAACGUCGGCGCCGCCAACGGAGGCGGGACGAAAGGGGUUCGAGAGAUCGCUGCCAGCAAAACGGCAGGUAAGCGGUCGCCUCCAGAACACUUCCAAAUUGCGUGGAGGCUGCAUCUGUGCACCUUCUGGCAGGCUCAUCCGGGCACUUGCUGGAGGGAAGACGAGGGCGAGGCCCGAGUCGAUGCGCAGAGAACGCCAUUAUGCCGUGUUCUUCUCUCGGAAUUCUACGCUUUUUGAUGGAAACUACGUUAGGAUCAUUGAGAUCAUCAUGUCGGACGUUCAGGCCAUAUCGGCCGGAUCUGUAAUGAAAGUUAGUCUUGGAUAUGUACGCAUAGCAACAAGUAGAAAAAUGAACCCAAAUUGUUCCCCUCAGACAAUGCU